AUGAGUACCAACGAUGCUAAUUCGGCCGAACAACCUGGAAGCAAUGCCAAUGGAGACUCUCUUCCUGGGCAUGACGAGGGUUGGAUCUUGAGUCUGGUGGAUCGGCUUGUCCCUGAAUUUCAACAGCGGAGCACCGCCGCCCCGGGUGAAACAGUGAUGCAGACCGAUCAGCAAGGCUUACCCUAA